AUGGAUUUCUCGAAAUUUUUCGAUGAUGAAUUCAAUGUUACUGACUGGCUUAAUCAAGCAUUUCGAUUACAAAAAGAAUCGAAUCAAAAUAUUGAUAAUUAUACAGGAACAUUAAUAACAAAAUUACAAAUGUAUAUUCAAGAAAUGAAUAAUUCUAUUGAAGACACAAGUCAACAAGCUAUUCAACAAUUUCCUCGAGUUCUUCGUGAAAUUGAUGUUCUUAGACAUGAAGCAACUUUAUUACAAGAACAAAUGCGUACAGUACGAGGUGAUAUUCAAAAAGUUAAUCAAGAUACAGCUGAUGGAAUGCGAAAUUUAAUCCAACUUGAUUUAGUUAAAAAUCGUAUUCAAUCAGCAUCAAAAGCAUUACAAGAAGCAGAUAAUUGGGUUACACUAUCAGCUCAAAUUGAAGAUACAUUUGACUCGAAAGAUACUGUACAAAUAGCAACAAAAUUAAUAGCUAUGCAACAAUCAUUGAAAAUUCUUACUGAUGUUCCUGAUUAUGCUGAUCGUGUUAAGCGAUUAGAAACAUUAAAAAAUCGUCUUGAAGCAUUGAUGAGUCCAACAGUAGUAGCUGCUUUUAAUAGACAAGAUGUUGGUAUGGAUAUUUAG